AAACGUACCUACGUCAAAUCUAAAAGUCUCGAGUAACUACCAGUAUCCCGGACGACGUUGAAGGAACCGAUUCUCCUCGUAAUAUCCUCGUUUCUGUUUUUUGUGUUUUGUUGUAAAAAUGGCGUCUCGCGACAGAAGGACGAACUCCGAUCAAAUUGGCCCAAAUACUAGAGUCGAGGGAGCUCAGUCCGAUGAAGCUCCUUCGAACAACGACGAGUCUCGGCCGUCACCCCCAGCGACUCCAGCGAGCGCCCAUAUCAAUGAUGUUUCUCAAAGCGAAGUUGUGUAUAACGUCCAGCCAGGAGAUCAAGCAAACAUAACACUGGACACCAUUAGCGUGGCCAGGGUUCAACUAGAGCGCUCCUUCAAAAUUAGUGGGGGUGCCGCGGCACCCACGGCACCCAUACUGGCCUCGCCAAUGCUGGACACACAACCACCACAGCCGCAAUGGAGUGAGAACGAAAUGGAUGAUCGCGUACUUUGUCUAUGCAUGGGUGGCUUGAUCUUUAUUUUUUUUGUGAUCAUUUACGUGUAUUUGCAAUUUUAUCCCGACUGAGUUCUCAGCCGAACAUGACUACGACAUUUCGCGAGACUUUAAGACGACGACUGUAUGGUCGUGGCGAUAGAAAUACAUGUUUUUUUAAUCUUCUCAACUCGAUUGAAUAAAUAACUGUAAUGUUUGUAUUUCUACAUGCACCAUAA